CGGACACUUCGACAACUAACCGGGUUCAAGUCGACAAAAGCAGUCAAGAUGCCUCGCGGACCUACCAAGCACCAGAAGCGCCUUAGUGCGCCUUCGCACUGGCUCCUGGACAAAAUGUCCGGAACCUAUGCUCCCAAGGCCUCCCCCGGUCCUCACAAGCUCCGCGACUGCCUUCCCCUCAUCGUGUUCAUCCGUAACCGUCUCAAGUACGCCCUGAACGGCCGUGAGGUUAAGGCCAUCAUGAUGCAGCGUCUCAUCCAGGUCGACGGCAAGGUCCGCACCGACCCUACCUUCCCCGCUGGUUUCAUGGACGUCAUCGGUAUCGAGAAGACCGGCGAGAACUUCCGUCUUAUCUACGACACCAAGGGCCGUUUCACCGUCCACCGUAUCCAGGCUGAGGAGGCCGAAUACAAGCUGUGCAAGGUCAAGCGUGUUCAGCUCGGCAAGGGCGGGAUCCCAUUCUUGGUUACGCACGAUGCGAGAACCAUCCGCUACCCUGACCCUGCCAUCAAGGUCAACGACACCGUGAAGGUUGACAUUGCCACUGGCAAGAUCACUGACUUCGCCCGCUUCGACACUGGUGUUGUCAUCAUGGUUACCGGUGGUCGUAACAUGGGUCGUGUUGGUGUUGUCACUCACCGUGAGCGCCACGACGGAGGUUUCAACAUCGUCCACGUCAAGGAUGCUGUUGACAACACCUUCGCCACCCGUGAGACCAACGUCUUCGUCAUUGGUCAGGAGAAGCCCUGGAUCUCCCUCCCCAAGGGCAAGGGUGUCAAGCUCACCAUCGCUGAGGAGCGUGACCGCCGCCGUGCUGCUGCCAUUGCCAACUAAAUGUAUCCUGGUAGGUGACAUUAGACACUGCAGCAAAAUCAAAAGACUUGAAAAAUCCGCUAGAGACGACGUCUUGUCUUGCUUUGUGGGCCUGUAUGAUGCCGGUUAUGAUUCUAUGAUGCGUUUCUAGGAAGAAAAAAAAGUUGUCUACAGGACGCAUAAUGGGGAGUUGGUAGUUUCCAUUUCCAUCUUCCGUAGGGUCAAGCCAUAGCAAGCAAAACAGGGACUGACGUCUCGUUUGAUAUGAUACCUCUUAAUUAGUCUUGUUCUGAAAUGACCUGACAUUUGAUA